UAACCCUGAGCAUUAAUGUCCUGCAGGAGAACAGGACAGGACAGGACACACACACACACUCUCUUUCUCUCUGUGCACCGGGAUGAACUUCGCCGCUCAGUUUUUCGCUAAUUUUAUGAAUGAAAACCCGCAGGAGCCGCGCAGAGGAUUCAGUGACUGCGAGGAGUAUGAUCCGUUCUGGCAGAGAGAGCCGGUGUGUGCUGCUGUAAGUGAUGAUCCUCCAGCAGUGAAUACCUGUAGAGAGCCUGUAGAGAUUGAUCCUCCUCCAUCCACACCUCCACCCGUCUGUAGAGCCCGUAAAUCUCCAAUGCAACCUCCAUCCAUCCCGCAGAUGCCUAAAAACACCCGUAAAUCUCCAAUACAGCCUCCAACAGUCCUGCAGAUACUAGAAAACAGCUGUAAAUCUCCAAUACAGCCUGCAUCCACACCGCAGAUCCCUGAAAACACCCGUAAGUCUCCAAUACAGCCUGCAUCCAUCCCUCAGAUCCCUGAAAACGCUACCUUCAUCACACUCCUGCAGACACUGGUGCUCAUCCUCCUCAGACUCUUCCUCUCCUUCAUCCUCCUCUUUAUACCACGUGCUGAGCAGCGCCGUGGAUCCGCAAAGCCUGACUGCUCAUUCCACAGCGGCCCCUGCACUCGAGACCCGCUGGUGCUGAUGGGGAAUGGGCGCACGGGCCGCCGCUCCACACUCAUCUGCCCAGAGAGACUCAAAGACUUCGGAGCUGAAGAAUACCUGAACGGAGACGUGAAGACCUUCCAGACCAGCGUCUCUGAGCCGGCGGAGCUGCAGCUGAUGUCCACCCCCAAACCAGCCGCGAAGAAGAGCACCGACAGCAAGAAGAGUAGCACACCUCCGGCUCCAGAACACCUGCGCUUCCAGGACAUCAGCGCCGCGGCCUUCAGACUACAGCAGUCCAGCCUACAGAAAACACCCUGCACGUACUCCAGACUGUCCAAACAGUAUGGCAUGGAGAUUUACCUGAAGAAGGAGCUGCUCCACUACACCGGCUCAGUAAAGGAGAGAGGAGUGCUGUACCUGCUGUCCUCCCUCAAACAGGAUCAGCAGAGGAAGGGUGUGAUUGUGGCCACAGACUGUAACUUCUCGAUGUCGGUGGCGUAUCAUGCGGUGGAGAUGCGUAUCCCGGUGUUCGUCAUCAUGCCAGCGUGCAGCUCUCCUCCUCGUCUGCGCAUGUACAGAGAUUACGGAGCCAUGGUUAUUUCCUACGGCAGCACAGCCCGAGACUCAAUCAACCACGCCCGACACCUGGCCAAGGAGAACGGAUACCUGUGUCUGGAGGAGGACGACAGCGCUGUGUAUCUGGCAGGUCUGCGAACAGUGGGUAUGGAGAUCUACGAGCAGGUGCCCAAACUGGACGCUGUGGUGGUGCCAGCGGGUGGACAUUGUGGCCUACUGGCAGGAACUGCAGCCGCCAUCAAACACCUGAACCCUCGCAUCUCUGUCAUAGGUGUGGAGCCGGAGGAGUUCCCUCUUCUCCUGCAGUCGCUCAAAACAGAUUCUCCCAUUAAAGACCUCUACUGCAACCCCAACAAGAAGCUCUACAGAGUUUCAGCUGGCCAAGAAACUGGGGGACAAAGUUAUUUCUGUCAGGGAGGCGGACGCUCUGGUGGCCAUGCUGCGCUUCCAGGAGUUCGAGCGCUGCACGGUGGACACUGAAGGUGCGAUGGGUCUCGCCGCCAUCCUGGCUGGACAACUGCCAGAGCUCAAGGGCAAAAGGGAGAGAGCUCUGGUUCUGGAUGAUCGAGUCUGUCGCUUCACCGUUCAGCUGGCCGACUGGCCCGGAGAUAUGGCCAAACUGCUGGACCUGCUGGCCAGAGAAGAUGUCAGACUGCUGGAUGUGUGUCACAGACGCUACAGUGAUAAAGCAGAGCUCUUCAAAGCACAGGUGGAGUGUGUGGUGGAGAUGAGGGACAAAAGUCAGAACUCACAGCUGCGGCGGACGCUGUCAGACCGAUACCCAUCACUGCGCUGGCUGGAGCGGUGAUACACACACACA